AUGCCUCUGGCAGCAGGGAUUUCCUGUACGUGGUCGUUUGAACAAAGGCCGGGACCAGUUUUUGGGAACUUACGGAACAAGACCGACGAUGACGCCGAGAUACGUUCGGAAAAGGAUGGGACUGACGACUCCGCCCUCGCGACCUCGAGCUUUCUGUCUUGCUGUAGCAGCCAUCUCACCCAGCUUUACCAGCGGUUCCAGCAGGCCCUAGAGAUCCUUUACGCCUAUCUCGUCCUCGUGACCCAGUAG